CUGACGCUGUCAGAUGGCACAUGUCGAUUGCCUCGUCUCAAACCCGAAACCGAAACACCCAACCCGAGAAAACACAUUAGUCCACGCGGCUCACGACGACAACACGUACCCGGAAACCAACCACGGCGCAUCUAACAGAGAGCAACCAAAGGCGAAAACCUCGUCCAAGCCGGCGCCAUGUUCAACGCGCUCAACCGCUUUAUCUCGCGGCUAGACGGGGAUGCGCCGCAGCAGCAAAAAAACGGCCAACAGUUCGCCUUUGGGUUCCAGGUGCUGCGCAACGCCAACCCGGACCUCGCAGUCGAGCCCUGGUUCGAUUUCGUCGUCGGCAUCAACGGCCGCAUGAUCGACAACCCGGACCCCCGCCUGUUCGCGCAGGAGGUGCGCAACUGCGCCGGCGGCACCGUCACUUUUGGUCUGUGGAGCGCAAAGGGCCAACGCGCGCGCGCCCUCCAUAUCCCCGUCCCCGCCGACACGGCCUCGCUCGGGCUGACGCUGCAGUGGACCCCGCUGUCGGCCGUGUCCAACAUCUGGCACGUGCUCGACGUGCCCGCCAAGUCGCCCGCCGACCAGGCCGGCCUGCUGCCCUACAGCGACUACAUCCUCGGCUCGCCCGACGGCGUGCUGUUGGGCGAGGGCGGGCUCGGCGAGCUGGUCGAGGAGCACAUCGGCAGGCCCCUGAGCGUCUACGUCUACAACCACGAGUACGACGUCACCCGCCUGCUCUCCAUCCAGCCCAGCCGCGACUGGGGCGGCCAGGGCGCCCUCGGCUGCGUCCUCGGCUACGGCGCCCUCCACCGCCUGCCCGCCCCGCUCAACGAGCCCGUCGAGGCGCCCGGCGAGACCAUGUUCGACGGCGGCGCCGCCACCGCUGACCAACCCGACCACCACCACCACCAGAGCCAAUACCGUGGCGGCUACCCGGCAGACAUGGCCCAGGCCCCGCCCUUCCUAUCCGACGGCGCGAGUGUCUUUGUGCCCGGCGAGCAGCAGCAGCAGCAGCCCCCGCCGCCACCGCAGGCCGGUGGCGACUUCCUGGUCCCGGCGCAACUGGUGGGAGCAACAGAAGGGGCGGGCGCCACCGCCGCGCCACCGCGAGGCAAGAAGAAGGACAGACAUCACGGCGGCGGCAAGGGGGCGGCGGCCAUGAACGACUACUUCAAGGAGCAGGAACAGAAGAGCAGGGAGCUGGACGGCGGGGCGUCGAGCGGCAGGGCGACGCCCGUGGCGCCGCCACCACGGGCCACGAGCACGGGGCCGCCGCCCAGGGCAGGCGCCGCUGCUACCCCGCCCCCUCCACCACCACCUGCGGCAGCAGCAGCAGCAGCAGACGCCGAGGAGGCAUCAUGAGUGGAAACCUGACAUCACAGUAUUUUUGUUUUCUCUCGGACGCCGCUGCCAUCAUAGAAUUGUUCCUGGCCAGCCCCGUUUCUAUUUCUAUAAACCGGUGAUAUACAGUGUUAGAGUUUUAGAGCUCUCGAAUCAGGAAGCUGGUUGCAAGCGCGGCACAGAUUUGCUUCAAUGCUGGCUCGAUAUUGUUAUGGGCGACCUUGCUCGGAAAUGGCUUCUGUUUCUUUUUUUCGUCGUGAUAUCUGUACAGCCGUUGCAUUCACGACGCCCGGACUCCCUGGUCAUCCUGCGCUUUUGUUUUGAGCAGACUUUCACGGCCCGCCCAACUACCAUUUCCCAUCCCCUUACGCUCGUGCGCAGAACACUAGUUGAUGAAGUUGACGCAGAAGAAAUGCAGGAUCAAGCUGCCUACGACAUAGUCUGCAAAAGCCCUGAAAGUUUUCCAAGGUGGGUCAGAUGCAAUUCCGGAGAAGGAGAGGUGUUGCGGGGGAGAUUCUGAAGACCCAUACCUCUCUGGAGAAAUCGAGGGGAAGUCGGAAGCGUUCGAUUCGUUGGCUUGGAUCCGGAGCGAGACUAGUUCGCCAUAUGUGCACUUUUAGCAUCACAAACCUCCUGCUGUCGAGGAAGGGAGGGCACAAGUGGUAGCGACUGACCAGUCAGGACGAACUGUCCCACCGUUGCAGAGAAGCCCGAGAGGAAGGCAUUGAAUGGCUAUUUGUCAAAGUCCGCCCACACAGAGUCAGCAAAUGGGAACAAAAGAGCAAGUGUGUCCGUCGACAGAGGGCGGCGGCCUCGCGUACGUAGUUUCCGGCCAGGA